AUGGGGUGGACCUGCUGUGUUAUAUGGUUUCUGUGUUUGUCAGCGAGGGAGUGCUUGGAGUCUAAAAUACAAGGGGAGGUCAAGUCGCCCCAGUAUCCUCGACCUUACCCUCCCAGCACGCUGAGUCAAUGGACAUACGGGGCUCCAGAGGGCUACAAGAUGCAGCUGUAUCUAACACACCUGGAUAUUAAAGAUUCUGUGGGCUGCCAUGAAGACUUUCUGAUGGUUCUCGAUGAUCAAAACGUCUUGGGGAAGUUUUGCGGACAGGAAAACUCAUCAAAUUACCCAGGCAAGGAGCCGAUCCUUUCUCACGGCUCCAGUCUGACUCUCUUAUUCCGAGCAAGUGCCUCCGAUCCAGAGCAACAACAGCACACUGGCUUCUUUGGUAGAUACGUGGCAAUAGUCGCGCUGCGGCAGCCUCCUACUACUGUCGGGCUGCACAAGACCCCAAUCCCUGAGCCAUUUCUGGGCACUCGCCUGGCCCUGGGAGGUCCUCGGAGUCUCCAGGGGACUUCCAGAUCUCGGCGCAAGAGACCCAGACCACGGCAGACCCCUCCCCGCCGGCCUCCUGAGCGGUUCCGCCCGCAUCCUGCCCGGCCUCCGCUCCGGCCUCCUGAGCGGCUCCACCCGCACUUCUUCAAAUUCUACAACUGUAGAUGUGUGAUUAAUGUUUGGUUAUCAUGUCCUUUUCCUGGAAAUGUUGCUAAAGACGCAACGGACUGUGGAGAACCUGAACCUUUGCUGAAUGGAGGGAUGAUCGUCCUGUCCCGUCAAGAUCAGUACGCUUCUGUUAUGUAUUACUGUAAUGAACCAUAUUACUCUCUCCCUGGGGGCGUAAACGUUACUUUCACCUGUGAAGGAGAUGGAAAGUGGAGAUCCAAACACAGUGAUGUCACUCCAACAUGCAUGCCUGUCUGUGGCCAGCCCACAACACUCAUCUCCAACUUUCAGAGGAUCCUUGGAGGCAGAGAGGCUCCAGACAACACCAUCCCCUGGCAGGUGCUCGUGAGUCUGAAGGUAUGGGGAGGAGGAGGCAUGGUGAUUGGAGACCGCUGGAUUAUGACUGCAGCUCAAGUCGUAAAUAAUGCAAAUCCAAUAUCAAAAGAGCAGAUAAAGAUUUACAUGGGACGUACUGACGUUAAUACCCUGACGGACUCUCAUGUGUUUGUUGCUUCAAUCCACAUUCACCCUGAAUACAAUGUCAUCAGGUCAGACAAUGAUAUUGCUUUGAUCAAACUGCGAGACCCAAUCACAUUCAACUCAUCCAUUAUGCCAAUAUGUUUGCCAGCAGAGGGUGCCACAUAUGUCACUGGCAUGAUGGGACUGGUGUCAGGAUUUGGCGAUAGAGUUUUGAGGCUGAACUACGUGGAGGUUCCUGUGGUGGAUCAGGAGACAUGCAAAAAUUCAUUAUUUCCGAGGGCGGAUGCAUCAUAUCUGACAAAUAACAUGAUUUGUGCCGGACUCCCUGAAGGUGGGAAAGACGCCUGCAGAGGUGACAGUGGAGGCCCCUUCGCCCUGAAUGACAACGGGAGCUUCUGGGCUGCUGGGAUUUCCAGCUGGGGGGAGGGCUGCGGACGGCCGGGAAAAUAUGGAGUAUAUACCAGAGUCGCUAAUUACAUAGACUGGAUCAACAAGACCAUGCAGGAAAACUGAAAUUUACAGUUAUUAAUUACAAUGUGAUGUGAGAAUGUUGAUGAAAUAAAUCAUCAACAAUAA